AUGGCUUCCAAUAAAAUUAAGAUUGGACAAUAUAAUGUACUUCAAACACUUGGGGUUGGCUCAUUUGGAAAAGUCAAAUUGGCCGUACACUCCGUGACAGGUCAUAAAGUGGCAAUGAAAUUUAUCAAUCGGAAAAGAAUUUCAAAUAUGGAUAUGGUUGGAAGAGUAAAACGAGAAAUACAUUAUUUAAAACUUCUUCGACAUCCACAUAUAAUAAAAUUAUAUGAAGUGAUCACAACUCCAACUGAUAUUAUUAUGGUUAUGGAAUAUGCGGGAGGUGAAUUAUUCAAUUUCAUCGUAGAGAAGGGAAGGAUGCAUGAAGAUGAUGCGCGACAAUUUUUCCAACAAAUAAUUUGUGCAGUAGAAUAUUGUCAUCGUCAUAAAAUUGCACACAGAGAUUUGAAACCAGAAAAUCUUCUUCUAGACCCAUAUCAUAAUGUUAAAAUUGCCGAUUUUGGAUUAUCUAAUAUUAUGACAGAUGGACCUGAAGUAGAUGUAUGGAGUUGUGGAGCUAUUUUAUAUGUUAUGCUUUGUGGACGAGGAAUUUACUCUCUUCCUUCAUUUCUGUCACCCGAAGCAAAAUAUUUAUUAUCUUCCAUGUUGGUUGUUGAUCCUAUGAAAAGGAUUACAAUUUCAGAAAUAAGAAAAAUACCAUGGUUUAACAUUGGAUUACCAGAUUAUUUAAAACCACUUCCAGAGAGAGAUGAAGAUCCUUUCACUGAAAUUGAUGAUAAGAUUAUUGAUGAACUUUUUAAGAAAAUGGGAUUUAGUAAAACUACAAUGUAUCAAGCAUUACAGGAAAAAGAGAAUAAUCAAAUUAAAGAAACAAGAAUAAAUGAUGAACCUUGUAGCAUAACUUUACUUAGUUCUAGUUUACCACCUAAUGAAGAUCUUUUCCGAGGAAAUGAAGAUCAUUUAAAAUUUCCCUUAACAACCAAACGACAUAAAUCAAGAUCCAAAUGGCAUUUUGGAAUUCGAUCACGUAGUCCUCCAUUAGAAGUAAUGUUAGAAAUAUAUCGAGCACUUAAAAAUAUUGGAAUGGAAUGGAAAACUAUUGAUCCUUUCCAUGUUCGAUGUAGAUAUAUUUAUGACUCGGGGUUACAAGUUAAGAUUGACUUACAAUUAUAUAGGUUAAAUAUAAACAAUUAUCUUGUUGAUUUUAAAAAUGUUGGAUAUGAACUUCCAUCAACAGUCUCAGAAUCAACUUCAUCAUUAGUUUCAGCAACAUCUCCAAAAAUAACAACCACCACCACCGCUUCAACAUCGACAUCUUCAACAACAACAACAUCGUCAUCAUCAACAACAACACAAACACAAUCUGAAUCUUCUUCAAUUUCAUCUCAUCAUCAUCAUCACCAUAAUUAUCAUCAUCACGAUGAAAAUAUAUUUCCUUCGAAUUUUGAAAAUAAAGAAUCUACAUCCUCAUUAAUUCUUCCUACAAAACCAUUCAAUUUAUUACAACGACAAAUAGAUAAUGAAAGUGGUAAAGAAGUAACUUCCAUGUAUCCAUUUUUUGAUAUUUGUACAAAAUUAAUAACAGAAUUGGCAAUAUCUGCAUAG